AUGUGCACAGCUCCCCUCCGGUCCCGGUGCGUGCCCCGGCCACCCCCCGAAGACCUUCCCACACAGGGGACCCCGCAAGCUGGUGCAGUACCUGAAGCGGCAGCCCUGGCCGCGCCCGCACCGGAGCCCGCCCCCUCGAAGCUCGGGGGGCCGGUUAUCAAGGCUUUGAUCCGAACUGACGGCCAUGCCAACCAACCAGCGCCCGAAGUUCUCCGAUUUUGUCCAAUGCCCCCGCGCUUCGCGUCCUGGGACGAGAUGAACGUGCUGGCCCACGGGCUCCUGCAGCUCGGCCGCGGGCUGCACGAACACGUAGAGCGCACCCGAGGGCAGCUGGGCGCCCUGGAGCGCCGCCUGGCCGCCUGCGGCGCGGCCUGCCAGACAUCCGAGACCACCGGGGUCCCCUCCGCGCAUCCCCAGCGUCCGGGCGCCGUCCCCGCCGCCGCCGCCGCCGGUGGUGAGGUGGCUCCUGAGAUCCUGCGCGAUCUCCAGACACAGCUGAAGGUUCAAAAUGGCAGGAUCCACCAACUGUUCCUCAAAGUGGCUCAGCAGCAGCGACAUCUGGAGAAGCAACACUUGAGAAUCCAACAUCUGCAGAACAAGAUUGCCCUUCUGGCCCCCACACACCUAGACAACGGGGUGAUCCAGCCUGCCACUAAAAAGAGGCUCCCCAAGAUGGCCCAGCCUUCUGGUCUGGCUCCCAAUGCCACCAGCUUGCACAAACUGCCUAAGGACUGCCAGGAGCUCUUCGAAGAUGGCCAGCGGCAGAGUGGACUUUUCCAGAUCCAGCCUCAGGGAUCCCCACCAUUCCUGGUUAACUGUGAGAUGACCUCAGAGGGGGGCUGGACUGUGAUUCAGAGGCGCCAAGAUGGCUCUGUGGAUUUCAACCAGCCUUGGGAAGCCUACAAGGCCGGCUUUGGGGACCCCCAAGGCGAGUUCUGGCUGGGCCUGGAGAAAAUCCACAGUAUCACUGGGGACCGUGGUGGCCGCCUGGCUGUGCAGCUUCAGGACAGAGAUGGUAAUGCCAAAUCUCUUAAGUUUCCUGUCCACCUGGGCGGCGAGGACACAGCCUACAGCCUGCAGCUCACCGCCCCCGUGGCCAGUGAGCUGGGAGUCUCGGUGGCCACAUCAAACGGCCUCUCCCUGCCCUUCUCCACAUGGGACCAGGACCACGACCUCCGAGGGGAUCUGAACUGUGCCAAGAGCCUCUCUGGUGGAUGGUGGUUCGGCACCUGUGGUCACUCCAACCUCAAUGGCCAGUAUUUCCAUUCCAUGCCCCAUCAACGACAGCAGCGUAAGAAGGGAAUGUUCUGGAAGGGCUGGCGGGGCCGCUACUACCCACUGCAGGCGACCACCAUGCUGAUCCAAGCCACAGAGGACAAAGAAGCCUCUUAGCCUCCCACUGGGGCCUGGUCUCAGGCCGAGAAGGACAAUGACCUUGAGUUUGGCUCAAGGAUUUUGAGUGCUCUGUGUCUGGUCAUGGGGCGCCCAGCAGGGGCCACGUGGAGCUUUGUGGACAGAGAAGAAGCCCUUGACUGGAGAGAACCCCCAGUUCUGAGUGGGGUGCUGCGCGUAUUCUGUGAGAUCAGGACGGCAGGGCGAGGGAUGGUCCCUGGGGAAAGUGUAGGAUGACGGGGUUAUACAGUGUGAACCCCACUUCUUGCCUGCCUGAGGAGCUGAGGAGGCAGAGGGACCAUUCUGGGAUGGCCAGGCCGGCCCUUGAUGGCAGACUCAGUCAUAUUGACUGGCUGGGGAAAUGGGGAUCCCUGGGAGGGGGAGGGGGUCCCCAAUACCCUCCUGGUGCUCUUGUAUGGGGGAUGCUGCGGUGCCAGCGAUGGCACCCUGGCAGAAGCCAUGGGAUUCUUGGAAUAAAAAGCAA